CGCGCACUAUAUGUGCAGCUUAAAAGUCAACACGGAUGACCCAUCUCAUAAUUGAGCUUCUACCGUAUAUAUAAAUAAAUACUCCAAAUUAAGCUUACUUAAAACAGCCCGCAGAAGAUCGAGAUCUGAUUAUCUGAAUCCAUAUAGUAAUUACUAGUACUAAUUAAGAUGAAACAUACUCCAUUCUCAAUCCUUUUGAUCCUUUCGGUGAUGAACGCCUGUUUGGGGGGAGAAAUAGCGAUAUACUGGGGACAAAAUGGGAACGAAGGCAGCCUGCGAGAUACCUGCGCCUCCGGCAACUACAGAAUCGUCAACGUUGCUUUCUUGAACGUUUUUGGGAGUGGCCGGAAACCUGACCUGAACCUCGCCGGCCAUUGUAAUCCGAGCAGCAAUGGGUGCACCGGCCUGAGCGCCGACAUCAAAGUCUGCAAGAGCCAGGGCAUCAAAGUACUGCUCUCCCUGGGAGGUGGGAUUGGCAAUUAUUCCCUUUCUUCUGCUGAAGAUGCAAAGAAUGUGGCUCAGUUUCUGUGGGACAACUACCUUGGCGGACAAUCAGGGUCAAGGCCGUUAGGAAACGAGACCCUUGACGGAGUUGACUUUGAUAUAGAAUCAGGCGGGAGUCAGUUCUACGGUGAACUGGCGAAGGCCUUAAAGGCGUUCGGACAGAACGUGUACUUAUCGGCGGCGCCUCAAUGUCCAUUCCCCGAUGCAAUGGUGCAACCGGCCAUAAACACCGGAGUUUUCGACUACGUUUGGGUUCAGUUCUACAACAACCCUCCAUGUCAGUAUUCUUCAGGGGAUGCCUCCAAGCUCCUCAACUCUUGGAACAACAGCUGGUCAAACAUUCCCGCCGGGAAAGUGUUUCUUGGAUUGCCGGCCGCUCAGUCGGCUGCCGGUUUCAUCCCGGCCAAUGUGGUUACUUCUCAGAUUCUUCCGGCGAUUAAACGUUCUGCUAAAUACGGAGGCGUGAUGCUUUGGUCUAAAUUCACUGACAACGGCUACAGCUCAAGCAUAAAGUCAGCCGUUUAGUCAAUCAAAAUUUUAUACACGCUCUGAUCUUUAUAUGGAGUAAAACAUUUAUUUGCAUGUGCAGAAUGCAGCUCGCUAGUUCUUAGCUUUUAUCGCUUGUAAGAGCAUUGUAACGAAAGAAUUUCUUGUACUUCCUAUGUCUCACGUUUGAAACUUCUCAUAUAGGAGUAUAUGUUAUGGACUCUUUUGAAGUGAGUUUGUUAUUUUUGAUUUUAAUUUAUUCAAUGUACAUAUGAAUAGUAAUAAUGGAUACCAUAGAAC